GUGCAAUCCUUCUGGAGCCAGAAGAACUCUGAGCCAAGUUAAAAUGAAACACAAAAACAUUCUGCAAAAAGCUAAUAGAAAGAAGGCUGAAGCCCGUCUAACUGGCGGGGGUCCACCACCACCUCCCCUUACCCCAUGUGAGGAGCUGGCUCUGUCCCUUAAUAAAGGACGACCAGUGGUUGCUGGCAUUCAAGGGGGCAGUUCAUCAUGUACAACAAGUGAUGGUGAAAAAAUGGUGAAAUAUACUGAUGGACAUAUUGUGUUAUUGGACCCUCCAGAAAGAACACGGUCGGUCACAGUUGAUGAUCAAGAUGAUGAUGAAGAGACCACAUCUGCUGUGACAGAAGUGGACAAUGCUCCUAGGCCCACUGAGUACAUACCUGGGGAUUUGCCCACAGAUGAGGGUCCUUCAACCUCAACGCAUAAUCUAAGCAGUUUGCCAGCAAAAGAGCUGUAUAAGGUCCAUCUUCAGAAACAAAUAAGUAAAAGUGACAUGGAGAUGGACCUUAUACAGCUUCAAAUGGAAGAGAAAAGGCUACUUAUAAAAAAAGCAGCACUUGAAAUUCAAUUACUGGAGCAUCGCCUUAAGGAAUUAAAGAAAUGAACUGUCUGGCAAACCAGUGCAAAAAAAAUUAAUAAAAAAAAUUUUGACAGAUCCUGUCUCUCAAAA